AUGGACCCUCAGGCGGACUCUCGAAUCGCCAAGCUCCCGCAGGAGCUCAUCGACCGCAUUGUCGACUUCCUGCCCACAGUGACCCUGGGUCACGUUCGUCUGACCUGCAAGCUCAUGGAGCACCAUCUCUUCACCUACUUCUCCAAGCAUUACUUCACCAAAAAGCAGUUCAUGGUAACCGAAGCCAGUCUGCAAGCAUUGGUCGACAUCUCAGAGCAUCCUGCCCUUUCGCCAUGUCUCAAGCACCUCAUCAUUGGCCUUGACCAUUACGUUUUCUGGUCUAGAGCCCUGGCCCCAGCACUGGAUUAUACAGUAUUCAUACAGCGCAAGGGAGCUGCCGAGUCACAGCGGCGCAUGUUCACCACAGGCCGGGCGGUAAGUCUGUUGGCUAGGGCUCUGAGCAACCUCCGCAACCUGCAGACACUCGAUAUUCGGGACUUCAAUUCACAAACGCGGGUCCGAGAUUCAGAGACCGGCUCGGGGGCAUGGAGAAGCUGGGGUGCUCCUACCCUCGAGGCUCAAGGCCAUGAGUUGGCUAUGAGUGACGGCAACAACACUACCAAUACGGACGAUUAUUUCCACAACCGAGUUUUCCAGGCGGUCCUCGGUGCCAUGGCUAACUCAUCCGGCCGACCCAAGGCACUUAUGGUCAUACUAAGACACAGGAUCCGCGGCCUGAAUGAUUGUGCGUUUGGUCUUGAUCAGUGGAUGGAGGAAAGCAUCGCCCCAGCCUUGGAAAGCCUUCAGACCCUUCAUCUCGAUGUCCUUCUCGAUAAUCAAACACACACAUUCAUCACGGAUGCCCAGCCCUUUCAGGAUAUCUUCGACAUGUCGAACACCCGUAUCAGACAUUUCCUUUCCCGUACUCGAAACGUCACAUCGCUUCGGCUGAACUUCCAGAACACACCUACACAACUGAGCUUCAGACUCAUAAACUGGCUGUCCACGCUACCUGGCACGGAUCCAGUCGCAAAUCGAUUGCCGUGGAUCUCACCAUGCGACCUUGAAACCCCGCCACCGUGGGAUGAGUACAAUCCAGCCCCUGUGGCGUUGCCCCUCACACAGCUGGAUCUAGGCGCGGCGCACAUCAGCACUAGCACACUGCGAAAGCUCUUCCGGAAGUUCCACCAGCUCAAGGGUCUCAGCUUCUUCAAUGUGACGCUCUAUCCCUCAUCCUUACAAUCUGGAUCUCGAAGCCGUGUCAACCUAUGGUCCGAUAUGUUCCGAGAGCUAUCGGCUGAUCUCCCUCCGAACUUGAAGUCUUUGAACCUCCGCCGACUGAAACAGGCAGACACUGAGAACUUGAACAUAUCUAGCCUUUUUGUCAAGUUUGAUGAGCAGCCAUCGAAAGAGGUCGCAGUUUCGAAGAAAAGCUUGGAACAGCUGGCUGAGGCUACCACGGUGGAUUGGCCAGUCAUUCGGAGCAACAACUAUUCUGGAGAGGAUAGCGAGAACGAGGACGAGGACGAUGACGGAUAUGGUGACGGGAAUGACGAUUUGAUUUAG